CUUUAUUCACCUGUCACUCCAGCGCAACGUCAACGAGCAAGCAUGCUAUCUCGCUUUAUCGGCUUGCGAAGACUCUUUUCAUCGCACAGCAAAAACGUGCGAGUGGCGGCAGACAAACGCACCAACAUAGUCUUUGGAGCUAACACAGAUGUUGGUAAAACUCUCGUUUCCGCUGGUCUCGUCCGGGCUGCGCUCCGACGCAACACUGUUCAUUACGUCAAGCCUCUCCAAUGUGGCGGCAAUGAUCAGGAAUUUGUAAGGAGGCACGCCUUAUUGCAGCCUCGGCCUUCCAAUGCGCUAUCCGCAGAGAUUUUGUUCCAGUGGGAUACUCCGACCUCGCCUCAUAUCGCUUCACGAAUGGAAAACAAGCCCCAGAGUGACAAGCAUGUAAUGGAGGCCGUCAACAAAGUUUUGGUAGAAACAACGAACCGUUCAGGUCCUGUCACGACAAUUAUUGAAACGGCUGGUGGUGUACUCAGUCCUUCUGCCUCGUCGCCCAACAACACGUCAGCUCGACACGCGACUUCGGAGACUGGCUGGGGAUGGAUACCCCAAGCAGACCUAUAUCAACCAUUACUGGGACAAACCCCGGUAGUCCUCGUCGGUGACGGCAGACUGGGUGGUAUCAGUGCGACACUGUCCAGUUUGGAAUCGUUGCUGAUUCGGGGUUACGAUGUGACGGCCCUUGUUUUGUUGGAAACGGACUACGACAACGUUUCGGCCAUGCGCGAAUAUGUUUCACGGGGUCAUAAGCUUCGAGCUGGCAAUGGAGAGACGCUCUUCUCCAAUCCGAACGAUUCUGUGAUGUCGCUACCUGCUAUUCCGUCGGAUCCACAAGUGCCUUUGGAUGAAUGGUAUGGCUCCGAUGCCGUCAAGGAACGGUUCGAACGUCUGGACGAUUUUUUGCAACAAAGUUGGGAAGGUCAGCUCUUGGACUUGCAAAGUUUGCGGUGUACCGGCCGACAAGUUUUGUGGUGGCCAUUUACACAGCAUAGUCAGGUUCAAAGAGACAAUCAAGUUGCGCUUGUGGACAGUGCUUCUCAGAACGACUUGAAUGUGCUCGUUGACGGCACAGACGGAAUAUGUCUAGAGCGUGUAUCAAUGAAAGAUAUGUCAGGAAGUGAAGGGACUCUCGGUAUUGGACACGGGGAUUCUUCGCUCGCUUUGGCUAGCGCUGGUGCAGCUGGACGAUACGGUUAUGUUGCCUUCCCUCAGACAGUGCAUGCACCCGCCGUCGCUUUGGGCCAAACACUUGUAGGUCCCCGCGGUCCAGGACAAGGGUGGGCGAAGCGUGUUUUCUUUACGGAGGACGCAGCAUCUGGAAUGGAAGCGGCCCUCAAGAUGGGCAUGAAAACCUAUAUCAAGCGAAUGCGUGAAGAAGAGAAUGAAUCAAUCGAAUGGGUUAUUUGCGGACAAGAGAAUAGUUACCAUGGUGAUACACUGGGAGUUAUGAAUGCUACUGAACCCAGCUUUUUCAAUGACGGACAGCAUCCCUGGUAUGAAUGCAAAGGAUUAUUCCUGUCUGUUCCAACGUUAGGUUUUCGAAACGGAGUGCUUUCCAUUUCGUUCCCGGAGGGAUCUGAACUUGAGGGCACACAAACAACGUUUGAAUCCAUCGAUCACGUUUUGGAUAUCGAUGCACGGAUGAUUUCCAGAAAACUUCAUUCGCAGUACAGGGAACUGAUUGAGAUGCAAUGGCUUGUUUACGAGCAUAGUAGUGUCAAUAAGAAAAUAUCAUCUGUUGUGAUUGAGCCGGUGCUUUCGGCUGUCGCGGGAAUGAGUUUUGUCGAUCCACUUUGGCAGAAAGCUCUAAUUGCCGUUGCUGAGUCACGCAAUGUUCCUGUUAUCUUUGAUGAGACUACAUCGGGACUUCAACGACUUGGAGUGAUGAGCGGUCGCGACAUUUUACGGGAAGAUCCCGACAUCGGAGUGUACUCGAAACUUCUCACCGGUGGAAUCCUUCCACUAUGUGCAACAUUAACCACCGAAGAAAUAUUCGAGACAUUUUUGGGAGAAGACGAAACGAUGGCGAUGCUCCACGGUAGUUCUCACUGUGCUCAUGCAAGUGGCUGUACAAGCGCACUGCAUGCUCUACACGCGUAUGACCUACUAUCAGAGCACUCCAGAAAAGCAAAAGUCAGCCCCAGGAUGCUUUUCGACGCUGAUUUGGUAAGAGCUAUGUCGGAACUACCUAUCGUUGAGCAGACCUUUUCGCUAGGUACCGUUCUUUCUAUUACGCUCGAUGUCGACGACGACGAGAGCGGAGACAAUGAGUGCUCGCUCAUCAAUGUGGCGAUACGUCUUCUUCGUAAAGAAUGCGUUUUUGCACGUUCGCUCGGCAAUGUUAUGUAUAUUUUGGUCUCGCCACCGGAUAAUCCGGAGGAUUGCUUGCAUCUUUCGAAGAAAGUUUACGACACUCUCUCAAAACUAUCUGGAGCUCGAUCGAUGUCAUCCAUGAAGCAAUAA